AUGUCUUCAGACUCCAAGUCCCACGUGCCCCUGGUCAUCCUCGGGGCGGGGGUGAUUGGGCUUACCAUCGCAUACAUUGCAGCCUGUGACUCAGAUGUGGCUUUUGAUAUCACGAUCGUUGCAAGAGAUAUGCCUGGGGAUUGGCAUUCUCAAGCUUGGGCAAGUCCAUUUGCUGGUGCUAGUUGGUCUCCACAUCCGUUGGGAGCUACAGAUGAGCGUGUACGAAGAUGGGAGCAGAUAACCUUUGAUAAAUUAUGGGAUAUGGCACCAUCAGGCUUAGUCAAGGUAUCACCUUCUAAGGUCCUCGGAGAGACGGAUGACAUUCUUUCUACUAUCUGGUGGAAAGACCUUGUGCGUGAUUUCAGUUUGCUGUCAGAGUCUGAAGUCCCUACACCAUACAAAGUGGGAAUUGCUUUCAACACGGUCACGGUCAACCCAUUGGAGUAUCUAUCAUGGCUCCGAUCUGAGCUCGAGUCUCGUGGUGUUGUGUUUCAUCGUCAACACAUAAGGAGUCUGGAUGAAAUCAAGCCUUUUGUUGGGGAAACUGGGUUGUUGGUCAACGCGACGUCUCUCGGUUCACGGUCUUUGAUCGGAGUAGAGGAUACAGCCAUGUAUCCGAUCAGGGGUCAAUCUAUCAUAGUCGAAUGUACUGGCUUACAGGAAUUCGUAACAGUACGGUCUGGCGGCGGGCUGUCAGAACAGGUGACAUCCAUUACUCCUCGUCCUGGGCUGACACAAACGAAUACCGCAUUUCUAAACGGAACACAUCAAGUAGGAAACUGGGACACGUCCUUGGAUAUGUCGGUUGCAAAAGGGAUAUUUGAACGGUGCUCUGUCCUGGCGCCUUGUCUGAAGGAAGAAGGGACCAAAAUCCUUAUGCACAACGUUGGCCUUAGGCCGGACAGGAAAGGUGGUCCCCGUGUGGAAGCUGAACGUAUCUCACUUCCGCUUGUACGAAGUGACGGCUUGACUCCUUAUUUGGGUAAGAAUGUGGAAGAACAGCAGAACCUAACGGUUAUUCACGCAUAUGGAAUGGGAGCUGCAGGCUACCAAAGAUCCUGGGGUGUAGCUACCGAGGUUCUAUCUCUACUAAAGGAGAACGUGCAGACAGGCCGCUAA